AUGAUGGAGAUGGAGGAAUUGGAUCCUUUGCAAAUUGCAAUUGCAAAGGUUAAGCAAAUCGUCGAAGGGAAGAUCCCAUAUGGCCCUACUGAAUAUUUGGAGGUUGAUUAUCAAAUCUAUAUAAAGUGCAAAAAAGUAGGUUAUCGUAUGCUGCAUUCUGAAUAUGAGAAAGCCUUAAAAGAUUAUAUCAAUUCAUCAGUAGUUCCCGCAUUGAGGGAGAAAGAAGAUGAGUUUCUUUUGACAGAAGUUGUAAAGGAAUGGGAAUUUUACAAACAAAUGGUUACAAUUCUAUCCAAAUUUGUGUCUUUUCGUUUGACCAGUUCAAAUUACUCGAUAAUAUUAGAACCCGAGGAAACUGCUCGGAGAUGCUUCCCUGAAAUAGUCUACAAUGAGGUUUUGUGCAAUAAUGUGCUGGCUACUAUGAUGGUUCAAAUUAAUAAAAUGCGGGAAGGUGAGAGCAUUCUUGAUGGGACUUUAUUGAAGAAUGUUGUGUGUAUGGUGUGGGAUUUUGGGAUGGACUACUAUAAAGAUUUUGAAGUCGCCGUUUUCGGAAAAACCGGCAUUUACUAUUCCAGAAAGACUGCUUCAUGGAUAUGUGAGUAUUCUUGUCCAGAUUAUUUGCUGAAGGUUGUUGAGUAUUUAAGGUUGGAGAAAGAAACCAUUGCAAUGCAUUGUGUGCAUCGAAGUAGCCAAACUAGGUAUCUAGAAAUGGUAGAAAAUGAACUUCUUUGCAAGCAUGAAUGCCAACUUCUGAAGGAAGAUUCAGAUUGUCAUCCAUUGUUGAAAAAUGACAAGAUGGAUGAUCUUUCAGAGAUGCUUAACUUGUUUUCUGGAAUAGAUAAAGGCAUUCAGCUCAUGGCCAAAAUAUUUAGACAGCAUGUUACCAGGCAUUGUACGUUUUUUGUUAAUCAUGGAGGACAACUGGCGGCAGAGGCAUUAAAGGCAAAUAAUGGAAAAGAAGUGAUUGCAAGUGUAGAAGAUCAGUUUGUGAGGAGUGUUAUUCAAUUGAAUGAGAAAUACUUGCAAUGUGUGGAGGAGAAAUUUAUGAACCACUGCCUUUUCAAAAAUGCACUCAUGGCAGCCUUUCAGAAUUUUUGCAAUCAAAAAGUUGCAGGGAGCAGUAUUUGGGAAUUGUUGGUCACAUUUUGUGACAAUAUUUUGACGAAUAGAAACAUGACAUAUUCAGAUGUUGAAGAUGCCCUUGAGAAGGUUGCAAAGAUCUUUCCCUGCGUCCAUGACAAAGACAUGGUUGCAGAUUUUUAUAGGAAGAAGCUCGCAGAUAGGCUUCUGUCCCAUAGAAGUUCAAAUGCUGAUUAUGAAAAAAGCAUGUUAGCUAAGUUGAAGUUUGAGUGUGGAAGACAAUUUACAUCUAAAAUGGAGGGCAUGCUUACUGAUUGGACAUUGGCAAUGAAAACCCAAUCAGAUUUUGUGGAAUACCUGAGUCAUAAUCCUCUUCAUCCAUGUUCUGGAAUAGAAUUCUCUGUCACAGUUUUGACAUCUGGCUUCUGGCCAAGCUAUAAGUCACCUGAAUCACUUGUUCUUCCUGUUGAAAUGGUGAGACAUUUAGAGUCAUUCAAAGAAUUCUAUAAAAGAGAAAAAAUGAACAGAAGGCUAACAUGGAAACACUCUCUGGGAACAUGCAUUAUUAUUGGAAGAUUUGACCAGGGUGAAAUUCAAAUAGUCGGAACACCUUGUCAUGCGAGUGCACUUCUGUUGUUCAAUGAAACAGAGACGCUAAGUUUUUCACAAGUCAAAUCCCAGUUGAAUUUGAAUGUUGAAGAUACAAUUGCAUUGCUGAAUUCCCUUGCAUGUUCAAAAUACAGAAUCCUAAGUAAAUUACCAGAUACUCAAUCUGUGAAAGAAAGAGACUGUUUUGAAAUCAAUGCAAAAUUUUCCUGUAGCAAGAGGAAGAUCCGACUUCCGCCGCCCACAGACAAUGUAAAAGAAAAUGUUGGGAAGUGUGUGUUUCAAGAUAGCCAUCAUAUGAUUGAUGCUUCGAUCGUAAGAAUUAUGAAGAGCAGAGAAAGAUUAGCUCAUAAGGAAUUAGUGAUGCAAUGCACUGAGCAGGUUAAAGACAUGUUCAAGCCAGAUAUGAAACAAAUUAAAAGGAGAAUUGAAAAUCUCAUAGAUAGGGAAUAUUUAGAGAGAGAUAAGGAAAAUCCUGGAAUGUACAAUUACUUACCUUGA